CGCCUUCCUCUCCUCCCAGCCGGGCGCGCGGCGUCCACGUCCCCACAGCCGUCCCCGCGCCCCACGACGAUGGCGCCUCCGACCCUGCGCUUUCCGCCGCCGCCCCUGGUCCUGCUGCUGCUCUGGGUGACAGGGCAGGCGGCGCCCGUGGCUGGGCUGGUCCUGGACCCCGAGUCCGAGCUGCAGAUCGAGCGGCGCUCCGUGCCUCCCGAGUGCCCGCGCGCCGUGCGCCCCGGCGACUUCGUGCGCUACCACUACGUGGGCACCCUGCGCGACGGCCGCCGCUUCGACGCCAGCUAUGACAGAGACUCCACGUUCAAUGUGUUUGUGGGAAAAGGACAGCUGAUUGCCGGGAUGGACCAGGCCUUGGUCGGGAUGUGCGUCAAUGAGAGACGCUUCGUGACGAUCCCCCCAAAACUUGCCUACGGAAGUGAAGGAGUUGCUGGCGUGAUCCCCCCGAACUCUGUGCUCCAUUUCGAUGUGCUUCUCGUGGAUAUUUGGAACCCUGAGGACCAGGUGCAGAUUCAUACUUAUUUUAAGCCCCCCAGUUGCCCUCGGACCAUCCAGGUGUCCGACUUCGUGAGGUACCACUACAACGGCACCUUCCUGGAUGGCACACUCUUCGAUUCCAGUCACAAUCGCAUGAAAACCUAUGACACGUACGUGGGAAUCGGCUGGCUGAUCCCUGGCAUGGAUAAUGGGCUGCUGGGGAUGUGUGUGGGAGAGAAGCGCAUCAUCACCAUACCGCCUUUCCUGGCCUAUGGCGAGGCUGGCGACGGGAAAGACAUUCCUGGGCAGGCAUCCCUGGUGUUCGAUGUGGUGCUGCUGGACCUCCAUAACCCCAAGGACAGCAUUUCUAUUGAGAACCAAGUGGUGCCGGAGAGUUGUGAGCGCAGGAGCCAGAGUGGGGACUUCCUCCGGUACCACUACAAUGGCACAUUGCUGGACGGCAGCCUCUUCGACUCCAGCUAUUCUCGGAACCGCACCUUUGACACGUACAUCGGGCAGGGCUACGUGAUUCCCGGCAUGGACGAGGGGCUGCUGGGUGUGUGCGUCGGAGAGAGGCGGAGGAUUGUGGUGCCCCCACACCUGGGGUAUGGAGAGGAAGGAAGAGGGAACAUCCCAGGCUCGGCCGUGCUGGUGUUCGACGUGCACGUGAUCGACUUCCACAACCCCUCGGACUCUAUCAGCGUCACCUCGCACUACCGGCCCCCCGACUGCUCGGUGCUGAGCAAGAAGGGUGACUUCCUCAAGUACCACUACAACGCGUCACUGCUGGACGGGACUCUGCUGGACUCCACGUUGAAUUUAGGCAAAACUUACAACAUCGUGUUGGGGUUUGGACAAGUUGUGCUGGGGAUGGACAUGGGGCUCAGAGAGAUGUGUGUGGGCGAGAAGCGCACGGUCAUCAUCCCGCCUCACCUGGGCUACGGGGAGGCCGGCGUGGCAGGGGAAGUGCCGGGCAGUGCCGUGCUGGUGUUCGACAUCGAGCUGCUGGAGCUGGUGGCUGGCCUGCCCGAGGGGUACAUGUUCGUGUGGAAUGGCGAGGUGUCCCCCAACCUCUUUGAGGAGAUUGACAAGAACGGCGACGGGGACAUCCUCCUGGAGGAGUUCUCAGAGUACAUCCACGCCCAGGUGGCAACUGGCAAAGGGAAGCUGGCGCCUGGAUUUGACGCAGAGAUGAUCGUGAAGAAUAUGUUCACCAACCAGGACCGGAACGGAGACGGGAAGGUCACGGCUGAGGAGUUCAAGCUCAAAGACCAGGAGACCAAACACGAUGAGCUCUAGCUCACAGCUCGAGCCAGCUGGUGUCUGUCACGCAGCAAGGGUACUAGGGUCUCCAGAAGUGAAUGUCAGCUUUAGCAAGCAGGUCCCAUGGCACCUGGUGCACACGUGGGUUGGGUCAGGACCAAACCUGGGCAGGGUCCUUGGCCUGGAAAGGACUGGGAAGGCUACCCUGCCAGCCAUUAUCUGUGCCUUCCAGGAAUUAAUGGGAAAUAGUGUCAUCUUGCAGGAUCAAGAGAAAAAGUGUCCGGCAACUGUCUACAGAGAUUAAAAUGUUUUUUAAUGUCAGUGUCUUAAACAUGUUCUCCGUGUGGGUGGGAAAGAUGAAGCCCAGACAGUGAGUGUGGGCUCUGUCCUCCCUGCAGGCGGCCACAGGGCCCUCCUUCGGUGGCACUACUCGAAGUGGGGGGACGCAGUGUGCCAAGCGGCUGAGUUGACGUGAGCAGGAAGCGUGAUCGUGCAGCUGCUGCUGGGGGUUUCUGCUGGCCUCUCACUCCCGUCACUCUGUUCUCCUCUGCACUCCCUUCCACGAGAGGGCUGGUGGCUGGGCCUCGCUGAGAUGGGCUUGUUCCCAGAUGGGUUUGUCCCCAGAUGAGCCCUGAACUUGCAGGAUCUCUGUCCUGCCUCUUGUCUGUGUCCCAGGGCAGAUUGGGGGCCAGGGAACCCCCUGCCAUGGGACAGUAGUGAUGUAUACCUGGCACCGUCCCUCAUCACGCAGCAAUGUCUGCCUUGCAUCCUCUGUCCCCAAGGGGGUUGGCACUUUCCCUGAAGCAUUAAGUGGCUUUUCCUUUUGAACUGCUCCACUAACUCAAGCCGAUGUGUCCUGAUGUAGCCCCGAGGUAGUUUGUGAAAAUGCUGUGUGCUUGUUCCAUGCAAUAAAUGUCAGAAACUUGG